GCAGCAAUCGCGGCGUGAAAGGUUGUUUUUGAUGAAUUGACUGUCGAGAUAGGUUUGCAAGCGAAGCUGUGCAAGAAGAGGAAUUUUGUAAUACAUGGCAACCUAUUUUCGGGUACAGUCAUAUUGCGCGGUGGGCGGCGCGUCUCCUCCACUGUCGUCUCACAGUAGUUUCUGGAACCUCAUGGUUGCACCAUGGAGAAAGUAUCUCAGCUGAAAGACCAGGGUAAUAAGGCGCUGAGCGCAGGAAACAUUGAUGAAGCAGUGCGCUGCUACACGGAGGCUUUGGCAUUAGACCCUUCCAAUCACGUCCUCUUCAGCAACCGCUCUGCUGCCUACGCCAAAAAGGCUGACUAUGAUAAUGCUCUGAAGGAUGCCUGCCAGACCAUUACGAUCAAGCCAGACUGGGGCAAGGGUUACUCACGGAAGGCUGCAGCUUUGGAGUUUCUGGGGAGAUUAGAGGAAGCCAAAGCAACCUAUCAGGAGGGUCUCAGACACGAGCCUUCCAACCAGCAACUAAAGGAGGGGCUUCAAAACAUUGAGGCACGGCUAGCAGAGAAGAAGAUGAUGAACCCAUUUGCUAUGCCCAACCUGUUUGAUAAAUUAGAGGCAGACCCUCGAACACGGGCGCUACUGGCCGACCCCAGCUACAGAGAGCUGCUGGAGCAGCUCCGCACCAAGCCAUCUGAACUUGGCACGAGGUUGCAGGACCCAAGAGUGAUGACGACUCUCUCAGUGUUACUGGGGUUAGACCUGGCUGGCAUGGAGGAAGAUGAAGAGCCAACUCCACCCCCUCCCCCUAAACCUAAAGAGACAGCCCCACCCCCUCCCAAAGAGGAAGACUUGCCAGAGAACAAGAGAUUGGCAUUAAAGGAGAAGGAACUUGGCAAUGCAGCAUAUAAAAAGAAGGAUUUUGCCGCUGCUCUGAAACACUAUGAGGAGGCGUGCAAGCAUGACCCCACCAACAUGACCUGUCUGUCCAAUCAGGCUGCUGUGUUUUUUGAGAUGGGGGAGUUUGACAAGUGUAGAGAGUAUUGUGAGAAAGCCAUUGAAGUGGGCCGAGAGAAUCGUGAGGACUACAGACAAAUUGCCAAGGCAUAUGCCAGGAUUGGCAACUCCUACUUCAAGCAGGAGAGGUAUAAGGAAUCCAUUCAGUUCUAUAACAAAAGCUUGACAGAGCACCGCACACCUGAGGUGCUGAAGAAGUGCCAGCAGGCAGAGAAGAUAGUAAAGGAACAGGAGAAAAUGGCUUACAUUAACCCAGAUCUGGCACUAGAGGAGAAAAACAAGGGCAAUGAGGCCUUCCAGAAAGGUGACUACCCUCUGGCCAUGAAGCACUACACAGAGGCCAUAAAGAGGAACCCCAAUGAUGCCAAGCUCUUCAGCAACAGAGCAGCCUGCUAUACCAAACUCCUGGAAUUCCAGUUGGCGCUCAAGGAUUGUGAGGAGUGCAUCAAACUGGACCCCAUCUUCAUCAAAGGGUACACACGUAAGGCAGCAGCACUGGAGGCAAUGAAGGACUUCUCCAAAGCCAUGGAUGCCUAUCAGAAAGCUCUGGAGCUGGAUUCAAACUCUAAGGAAGCAACAGAGGGUCUGCAGCGCUGCAUGGUGAGUCAGGCAGUGCGGAAUGACAACCCAGAGGACGUGAAGCGGAGGGCCAUGGCUGAUCCAGAGGUGCAGCAGAUCAUGACGGACCCUGCCAUGCGCAUGAUACUGGAGCAGAUGCAGAAAGACCCUCAGGCCCUUAGCGAUCACCUGAAGAACCCAGUUAUUGCUCAGAAGAUUCAGAAACUGAUAGACGUUGGCCUCAUAGCCAUCCGGUAAUCAUAAAAAGAAAGCGGAGGAGAACCAGGGCUAGCACCAUCCAGAUCAACACCGCCACAAGACCACAGAGGGACGAAGAUGCCAUUCCAAACGAACUCUAGCUCACCAAAAUGUACACUCAUCUCUAUACUCCCCCCUCUUUAUGUGAUAGGGUUUGUUUUUUAUUUCAGUGUAAGGCCUUAAUUAGAUAUUCAUUAAACAUGUUAUGUCAAACAUGUAACACGCAAUACUAGAUUUUAUUCUUACAGAACACUCUGGUAUCAAGUGUUCAUGACUGAAGUGAAAGUAUUUGCAUUUUAUUUUGCCAUUGAGAAUCUGUAGAUCAUCACGCUUGUAUCAGUGUAUAGUAGGGCAUGCAGAAGCACUGGAGAGAGUCUCGGUAUAGUACCAGAUGUUUUUUAAAUCUGAUGCGCAGUCAGUCUCGUUUUUAAAAAAAAAAUUUUUUUCUCUUCUGAUUCACUCAGUUCACAUCUCAUUUAGAAUGGCAUAUUUUCAUGGCCCUCUCUGAUGCAGUACAAGUUGCACAACCAUUUCAAGACGCUUAUUGCUAUCAUUAUAUGCGACAUCUGAGAAUCUUCUCAAUUUUGAGAGUUGCCUGUGGGAUUGGUAGUGUGGUAAAGAUGGCUGCCACUUUUCACUGAAUUUCAGGGCUUCUGUCUGUCAGGCGUCUCAGGGUAAGAGUGCGUAUCUGCGGUCAGCUCCAUGACAAUGUAAUCAUAUUCACAUGGGAAAGUAACGUUGCAAGAUUCUGGAUCUAGUGCAAAGUCACUGUGCAGCUGAGCAGAGGGAGAUUCAUUUAUUUGCACUUUUUCAUGUCCAGUGGAAGAAGACUUGAAUCAAAAAUCCACCAUCGCCAGCCUAUUUGUCUGUAUUCAGUUCCCAAAAGGAUGUAACUUGUCAUUGAAACAGUUCAUCCUAACAGGUGGACUGAGACCAGGCACAGAGGCUGAGACAAAAAGCAGAAACUGAUCUUGGAUCAGCACUCUUAAUUUGAGAAGUCUGAUACGUGUGACCUCCCCAAGUUUUCAUGUUAUGAUUGUGAUAGAAUACUGUCUCUUUUAGCCUUGCUGCUGUUUGACUGUAUAAAAGGGGAUGUUCUAAAAUGCUAAAGGGGGAGGGGGGUCGCUCAACAUGGUUUAAUGUACUCAAGCAAUAACCACUCAGUCUCACUGACUGUCUAAUGGCAAGACAAUAAAACUAAUAUAAACACAAAACAUUUUGCACAAUAAAGGGGAAGGUUUCUGCAUAAUGAAGUCAUCACUCCGAGUGCUUUGAUGUGAAAUGUAUACUCCAAAAGAAACUUGGGGGUCACGAUUGAUCGGAGCAAUGAUAAUUGGAACAUCUGGAGCAUUAAUGCCUCUAAAAAAAAAAAAAAAAGCUUCAACACAAGUUCUGAACUGGAUGCUAAUAUUAAAACACAUUAAUGGUGGUACAGGCAGGGCAUUGUAGGGUCAAAUAGCACCCAAAGAAAGUACUCUUUCAGAUAUACUAUGAUUUAGGAACCCCAUGAUGUUUGUUUUACUAAAUUGUUGUACAUUAAGACAAGUUUAGCCUCCCCCUACAUUAAGCAUUUUGGAACAUCCCUGAAAAGCACUCUAUGUAGGCUUCACAACUCAGAGGGCAUCUUCAAGGCUUUGCGACUCAGAAGGCAUCUUCAAGACUUCAAAAGCAUAGUAUCAGUUUACAGGGUGCCUUCAAGUACACGCGAGUGUUCUUCAAGGGUUCUUUAGUAAAGGCAACAGAACAAUGAGUUGUGUAUGAAACCAAUUUAAGCUUAAAUGGUUCUUUUCAUGGUGAGAGUUCUUUGGAUUGAAGGGGAAACUUUCUGAAAACAGUUCUAUAUAGCACCAAAAAGGAUUCUGGUAUUGUUAUAUUGUCAUUUUGGUGCUAUGUAGAGCCAUUUACAAAAAGGUUCUGUGUAGAACCAUAUACAGCAUAUUCUCAUCAAUCUAAAGAACCAUCUCAUCACACAGAGCACCAUUUAAACACGAAAUGGUUCUAAACAAAACCGUUGCCUUUACUAAAGAAGCUACCUUUUUAAAGUGUGUACCGCAGUCCUUUUGUCUAAUACCUGACAAACGCAGGUUUUCAGGGGCAUGAAGAUGAGCUUUAGCGUCUGCUCAACUUUAAAAGUGAACCUUUGCCUGUCGUCAGUCUGAUGCUGUCGUGUUCAGUGUGAAGAGCAGAAUGGGACUUUAGCCGUUUGAAUGUUUUUGGCUGCUGUCAUGCUCAAUGUCUUUUCACUUCAAUAAACUGACAUUCACGCCAGGGUA